AAUGCAGGGAAUGAAAUACGUCAUCAAGAAGAUCCCGUCCCACCCAUUGAGAUUCGGAACGGCAUAUAGGGCUAAUUUUCUUGAUGAUUUUGAAUCAUCAAUAGGUGAAGAAGGUAUAAAGUUAUUUAGGCAAUCUAUAUUUGGUCACUACUUAGAUAUGCCAAACUGCAACUUUCAAGGGCAAAUCAUCAAAUGCCUCUUACUUCUUGAGGUAGACCAAAAAAACAAAGAAGAACUGCACAUUCGUCAUGUGCAGGGUAAUAUACUGCAAUUUACAAUAAAUGAUUUUGCUAUCAUUACUGGUUUGCGAUGUACCGGUAAUAUGAAUGACUUCAAGUAUUCUGAUGAUCAAGCAAGUAGAUUAUUGUCUUUAUAUUUUCCUGGUGCCAAAAAUAGGGUCAACAAAGCUCGUUUCGUUGAGCGUUUUCUAGUUGGAGGAUGGAAAACAAACGAAGAUGCCGUUCAGAUGGCCAUUCUCUAUUUCAUCCAUACUUUUGUUUUUUCUCAACUAGGUGAUGCACCUAUAUCAGUUGAUGAUUUCAAGAUGGUAGAAGAUGGUAGUUAUGAGCAAUAUCCAUGGGGGAAAUUAGCAUAUUCAAAAUUGAUAAAAGGAAUGCGUCAGGAGUUUUCAAAUGCCAAACAAAUGUAUCAUCUAGGCGGCAUGCCAUACGCUCUGAAUGUUUGGAUAUAUGAAUGUGCAUCUCAAGUUCCCUCUGAAAUUGCUGUAAGAGUGGGUAAUAAAAUUCCCAGAAUUCUUAACUGGCGUGUUGUCGCCGUGAAGCCAAAAUUUGAGACCUUCAUGUCUACCAUCUUCAGUGAGUAUCCAUGCUCCAACAUUGUCCAAUCUCAACAUGAAAUGAAAUCUAUUGUCGUUCAUGACAGCCAACAGAAACCUGAAGAUUCAACAUCGGCUGCCAAGAGAUCCAAGGAUGUCGCUGAGACAUCUUCUCCACCUCCUUCCAAGAGAAUGAAGACUUCCCCUGCUAAAAAGCCAAUUCAUGUAGAAACAGCCAACAUGCACAAGGAUUUCUUACCACCAAAUGAAUCAGAAAAUCUUGUUUCUCCUGACAAUGAACCGGGGGCAAAGUCACCAAAGGAAUCAGAAAAGCCUGUUUCUCCUGACAAUGUACCAGGGGCGAAGUCAGUUGUUGACCGGAAGUUCAAGCGUUUGGAGAACAAAAUGGAUUCAAAUCACAUUGAUCUUUUGAAAGCCAUCGACAGUAUGGCGAACCGAAUGACUGGCACAUCAUCUCAAGUUAAAAAAGAUGAUUUUGAUCAAUCAUUCCAUGUGGUUGAACAACAAGAAGCACCUACUGGAUUGGAGGGACCUGAACCAUCCACCAUGAUAAAUCAGGUGGACAACAUAUCGGAACAAAGCAUUUCAGCAGAUGUUCCUGAAUUAUUUGAUCAGCAAGUUUAUUCUGAUACAUUAAAGGAAGAUGAACCAUCCGUCAAGGAUGUAUCAGUACACCAAAUGGAAUCACAAAGAGCAGAUAUUGAUCAGCUUAUUGCUGAUUCUGAUACAUUACAAAACACUAGAAAGAAAGAUGGAAGAGUAGCUGAUGAUAAAUCUGCCAAAGUAGAAGAUCAAGUCGAGGAGAUUGAAAAAGAAAAAAUCAAACCAAGCACAUCAGAAUCCAAUACUUCAGCACCAUUUUCGACUGAAACUCUGGAUGUGAUAGAUGCUCUAAUAUACGGACUUCCAUUACCAGCCAUGCCAUUGACAGCUGUUAGUCAUGAGCAAGUUCAGGAUGAAUGUCUAUUACGCAAUAGCCAGCUACCAACCACUCUUCCAUCAAAAGCUAAUGUAUUGUCUGAUGAUACGAAGACCCCAUCUCGAAGAAGCAGGAUUCCUUCGAAGAUCUUACAGUCGCCGUAUCUUUCAAACUUUAGGUCGAGUGAAAAGGGAAAGGAAAAUUUGUCAGAUGUUACGCAUCAGACACACCCUUUUGAAGGUUUUGGUAUAUGCUAUCAACCCCCUUCCGAGCUUGUCACAGACUACUCUCAAUGGAUAGAUAAAGGACUUCUAAAAUCACAUGGCAACAAGUAA